GCAUGGCCUAUCCAAUCUCCAAUGGAGUCACUAUUUAUUUCUGAAAUUUGCAGAAGCUCUCUCCCUCUCUCUCUCUUCGUGUAUGGUUAAUUAAUUAGUUGCAGGCUUACAGCAAUAGAAAGUUGCACUGCAACGUGCCCUCGGCCACCAUGGCCAUUGUUGCGAAGCUUCACAUGUCUCCGCAGAGCCUGGGAGAUUGCUAUAGAAUCGACCUCGGGCCAAGAUUUCGACCUCUUUUUCACCGGAGUCCCGCGACAUUAGAUGCAAUUCCACUUCGGGGGCAACCGAACGGCCGUCGCGGAUUGUCUCUGCAAACAUGCAGGUCGUUUAGAUCCGAUGGUGGAAGUGAGUCUGUAGAGAAAGAGGUUGGUGAGGUUAGCAAAGGUGGAGCUUCGGAGCAAACUCGGUUGCAGCCAAAGAAGAAAAGCAGGGCUUUGUACUCCUUGAAAUCUUUCAUUCUCAAGGUUUCUGGUUCUCGUCCACCAUUACAAGGAGAGUAUCGCGACGCAGUGGCAAAGGCAGAGGAGAUUUUCUUCUCUGUUGCCACCCAAGUUGGAAGCUAUCUUGUAACCAUGAUGAGCACUGGAGUAGUACUCACAAUUGGAUUUCAGUUGUCAGGCGGGGACUCUCAGAUGAAUACUUUGAUUUGGUAUAGCUGGCUUGGCGGAAUUGUCAUUGGAACAAUGAUAGGUGCUAAUUUGGUUUUAGAAGAACAUUGUAGAGCUGGUCCCCGGAAUGUUGUCAUAACUGGAAGUACAAGAGGACUGGGUAAAGCGCUUGCUCGGGAGUUUCUUCUUUCAGGAGAUCGCGUUGUUGUUGCUUCCCGCAGCCCUGAGUCAGUACAUAGGACUGUGACAGAACUCAAAGAGAACCUAAAGGAUGGGAUGCUAACAGGAAGCCACACAUCCAGAGAGAAUAUGAAAUAUGCGAAGGUGGUUGGAAUUGACUGUGAUGUCUGCAAUCCUGAUGAUGUGAGAAAGUUGGCCAACUUUGCUGUCAGUGAGCUUGGUCCCAUAGACAUUUGGAUUAACAAUGCUGGCACAAAUAAAGGUUUCAAGCCCUUGUUGCAGUUCACAAAUGAAGACAUUGAAGAGAUUGUCUCGACAAACUUGACUGGAUCUUUAAUAUGCACAAGAGAAGCCAUGCAUGUUAUGAGUUCUCAGGAGAAGGGGGGACACAUAUUUAAUAUGGAUGGUGCUGGUUCAGGAGGAUCUAGCACCCCUUUGACAGCUGUCUAUGGUGCAACAAAGUGUGGUCUGAGACAGUUUCAAGCAUCACUCCUAAAAGAGUUUAAGUGGUCUAAGAUAGGAGUACAUACGGCAUCCCCAGGCAUGGUCCUCACAGAUUUGCUUCUGAGUGGUUCAACUCUUAAAAAUAAGCAGAUGUUUAACAUCAUUUGCGAACUUCCUGAAACAGUGGCCAGAAGUUUAGUUCCUCGGAUGAGGGUUGUAAAAGGAACUGGAAAAGCCAUCAAUUACUUAACCCCACCUAGGAUCUUGCUUGCUUUAGUCACUGCAUGGUUGCGCCAAGGUCGAUGGUUUGAUGACCAGGGGAGAGCCUUAUAUGCAGCAGAGGCAGACCGAAUUCGUAACUGGGCUGAAAGCCGUGCUCAGCUCUCUUUCACAGAUGCAAUGGAGAUGUACACGGAGAACACUUGGGUUUCUGUCUUUUCACUUUCGGUUGUUUGUGCAUUCAUAAUUCUUUCAAGUACAGGGAGUACGCUUCCUGGCACAUGAGAUUUAACCAACAAUUGCCACUGGAAACACCAAAAAAAUACAUAUAAUCUAGUGUCCUAGAAAAGGAGGCCAACCAUAUACCAGCUAAUAUACGCAAGUUGAAAAGAGUGCUACACAAAAUACAGAUAUUUGAUCCCCCGCAUCUCUUUAACAGUCUAAAUCUCCAUAUAUAGGAAGCCUGGUGUCUUCAGGUCUUAAAGCUAUCUCUUUAACCCUACCAUGUAGUCCACUUGAAUGAGCUAUGAGCCUUGAAAAAAGCAGCAAGCAUGGUGUAUAUUUCAUUCAUUGAACAGUCUCCAUUGAGACACACAUGGCAUAUUAUUGGCAUGUAAUCACAUUUAUUGAAGUUAUAGUGAAAUAUAUAUUUUUUAACUACAUUUCUA